CCGGGGGGGGGGCGGAACGGCGCAAGCGAGCCGGGGGUCUACGUGGGCGCGCGGGGGCCAGAGGGCGGCGAGGUGGCGCGCGCUCCCCAGCCUGCUGAGCGGCGGGGCGGCGGGGCUGCGGGCCCGGCCCGGGGCGGGCCAGGAUGGCGCCUCCUCCGCCUUCGCCCCAGCUGCUUCUCCUGGCAGCCUUGGCGGGGCUCCUGAGCCCCAAGGAGGUGGUGACUGAGCCGGCGGAGGAGGUAGGAGGGCGUUGCCCCGAGGGCCCGUGGCCUCUGCCCUCACAGGUGUCACCAAGAGUGACCUACACACGGCUGAGCCCACAGCAGGAAGAGGCAGUGUUCUCAGUCCCAGGAUGUGGAGACCAGGAGCUCUCUUUUGGCCUCUUCCACAGCAUCUGGCACAGUGCUGAGCAUCAGGCUGAGGAUGUCAGCUUCUUCUACCACCCCUGUGCCCACCCCUGGCUGAAGCUCCAGCUUGCCCUCCUGGCCCAUGUUUGUGUGGCCCAGCCCUCACUGGCCUCUGACUCCAGCCUCACUCAGGAUCGGCCCCUGAUGCUGGCAGCAUGGGGGGCGGUGCUGGAGAUGGCAUGGGUAGAGCCAGCCUGGGCUGCCCACUGGCUGAAGAGGAGGCGGAGGAGGAAGCAGAGGAAGGAGAAGGCAUGGUUCCACUCUGACAGCCUUUCUGGGCCCUCACCCUUGGUGCCAACACCGGGAAGAGGGAGGCUGUACCGGAGAGGGUGUAAGCAGGCCCCAGCUUUGGCCUUUGCUCUGCGGACCUGGCGGCCCCCAGGCACAGAGGUGGCAUCUAGAGGGUCCAGGCAGCUCUCUUCUGGUGGUGCCAAGAGGCGUGGGCUGAGGGCUGCCCUUGGUCUCCAGACCACCCCCUCAGCCCUGAGGUUUCCCUCUGCUUCCCCAUGGAACUUUGAGGCCAGGCAGACCAUAUUAGGAACCCCGGGUGAGCCGGGUAAUGCCCCAUCUGUGCCCACUGCCCCCCUGCUGCCUGGGGGGCCUGGAGGCAACGCCAGUUCCAGGAUAGAGGCUCCAGUGCCCAAGGGGCAAAGCAGACCAGGCGGCUGUGCCUGUCCAAGUCAGGCUUCCCGGGCCCCUCAGGCAGCUGCGCCUCCAAAGGCAGCCCGGGUCCCCACCCCACGCACGGAGGAGGCUGCCUGGGCUGCCAUGGCCCUGACCUUCCUGUUGGUGCUGCUCACCCUGGCCACCCUCUGCACUCGGCUGCACCGAAACUUCCGACGUGGGGAGAGCAUCUACUGGGGGCCCAUAGUGGACAGCCAGGACACAGUGGCUGCUGUGCUGAAGGGGAGGCUGCCGAUUCCCCCGCGUCGGGUUAAGCGCUCACGCCGGAGACCCCUCCUCCCGUCCACGCCGGACAGCGGCCCGGACGGGGACAGCUCCGACUGACCUGCCCCAGCCCUGCCACUGUGGCAGGUUUGGCUCCUCCUCCCGCCGGGAGGCCGCGACCUCUGCCACGUGGACCGCACCCAGGGUCGCCCCCUGGUGGCCAGAUGGGGCAGUCCUGCCUAACUAUUUGCAGAAGGGUUCCUCCUUCAUGUGUGGUUUGCCGGGAGAAAACGGAACUGUUGUAGUCUCCCUCGCCAAAACUCCCUGUAUUUCUAAUUAAAUUAUUUUAGUAA